UGGUUGUGGAAUGAAUUGACAGCAGAAUGGGUGAUCAAAAUUGAGAUUCGUUGCUAAAUGAAAGUUUAAAAGGCCAUAUUUUGGUUAUACAGGCAUAAGAUAACCUGUAUACCCUGUAUUUUGGACAAGUGCAAUAUUGCUAGUGCGCUUAAACGUACAAGGACAGACUAGACAGAGGGACUUCAAGUUCAAUCAUUCCUUGAUCUGGCACUGUGACAGUGAUUCAAAGAUUUUAGCACAAUACUAAUGGCUUCAACCAAUCCUAACUCUCAAGAAGUGCAACAAAACCGCUCCAAAAUCCUGGCUGACCUUCAGCAGCAGAAGAAGAAGCUCAUGCAGAGGAAAGAGCCUACAGGCAUCAGGGACCAAAUGGAAGUGCAACACAUGAAUCAGGCACAGAGACAGGCUUUACAGCAUGCCCACGCCAACUCGUUUGGCUACUUUGUGCCGCAGGACUCUUCAUUUGGUAACCUGAUUCUCCCGGUUCUACCUCGAGUAGAGGACAGCCCCCCACCAACAUGAUGCUUAUACAGUAGAAUCUGAGUAGAUGUCUUCAAGCAGAUGCUGGGAGAACGAUAAUUGUAUUGUUGUCUGGUUGGCCCUCCCAGGAGUCACUUGUUUGAGAUAACAUAGACAUGUUCAAUAGAACCUAAAGAUGCCCAAGUAGAAAUGAGCCUGUAUAUUUUCACACAUCUGGCUAUGUAAUAUGAGUUGUAACACUGAUAAAACUAUUUUACAUUUAAGUCUAUAAGUCACAGGUACUUAAGAAGAAUCCAAGUAGCACUAUAGAACCUAUUUAUUUUUUAUAAUUCUACACUGAUAGCCUGGAACCACUAUCUCUUACACACUACAGCAGUACACAUGUGCUUGAUGUUGGAUUUAGGGACCCCAAAUGACAGAGUCGUUGAACUUGAAGAACAGAUGAACUUGAAGCAUUAACCCAAAUUUCACUCUAUCUUGUGAGGAAUUGUCUUAUCUUAGUUGUCAGUCACUCACAUCUAUGUAAUGGAAUUUAGGACAAUACAGUACUAAAUGUUGUUGCUUGUGUAAGGUACUUUGUUUUAACAAAGUAAAAAUACAACAUAUCCCUUUAAACUCACAUGUAGAUAUGAUAUAUGAGAGCUGUUGCACUUUAUGGGCAGUACAAAUUUUGAUUGUCUCCUUGUGUAUUGUCUUAAGCAAAGAUGAACACUUAAGUAACAUGUAACAUUACAUGAGGAAGUAUAAAACCUGGUCUUUU